CGAUGUGACGUAGUGCUGGAGGCGUUGGCCGGCCGUGUGUCAGUCAGUCUGAGACCGAGAAGAAGACGUAUUUUUUAAUUAUCUCCGCUAAUAACCCGCAACUGAACAAGUUAAAUACUUUUAAACUUAUUACUCUACCUCUCGUUUUUAUUCGUACUACCACUGAGCUGUUUGCCUGAAUCCGUCGAAAUGAUCAAAAACGGCCACCACGACACCGACGAUCGGCGGGAUGAAGCCGGUAUCAGUAAGCCGGGUGACUCAGUGUGCAGUCCGGAGAAAAGAAAGCGCGUCGUCCGGUUGUGGUGUGACGGCUGUUACGACAUGGUGCACUAUGGUCACUCCAACCAGCUACGGCAGGCCAAAGCCAUGGGAGAUUACCUCAUAGUUGGAGUGCAUACAGAUGCGGAGAUUUCCAAGCACAAAGGUCCUCCAGUCUUCACUCAGGAAGAACGCUACAAGAUGGUGCGGGCAAUCAAGUGGGUGGAUGAGAUAGUAGAAGGAGCGCCGUACGUCACCACCCUGGAGACUCUGGACCAGUUCAACUGUGACUUCUGUGUGCAUGGUGAUGACAUCACACUGACGGUAGACGGUAAGGACACAUAUGAAGAGGUGAAGCGUGCUGGCCGUUACCGGGAAUGUAAACGCACACAGGGUGUCUCCACCACCGACCUGGUGGGACGUAUGCUUCUCAUGACCAAAGCCCAUCACAGCAACAUGGAUAACCCAGAUUACCAGCAGCAUACAGACAACUUUGGAAAGGGUCCUAAAGGCCACAGUCCAUGGACAGGAGUGUCUCAGUUCCUCCAGACGUCCCAGAAGAUCAUCCAGUUCGCCUCAGGAAAGGAGCCGCAGCCUGGAGACACCAUUAUCUAUGUGGCUGGAGCAUUUGACCUCUUCCACAUCGGCCAUGUUGACUUCCUAGAGAUGGUCUAUAAGCAGGCAGAGAGGCCCUAUGUCAUCGUAGGUCUACACUUUGAUCAGGAAGUGAAUCGGUACAAGGGGAAGAACUAUCCAAUCAUGAACAUCCACGAGAGAACGCUGAGUGUCUUAGCCUGUCGGUAUGUCUCAGAGGUGGUGAUUGGUGCACCGUAUGCAGUGGGAAAAGACCUGCUGGAUCACUUUAAGGUGGACCUGGUGUGUCAUGGCAAGACAGAGGUGUUUCCAGACAAGGAUGGUGCAGAUCCGUAUGCCGAGCCUAAGAAGAGGGGGAUAUUCAGGACCAUCGAUAGUGGAAACAAUCUCACCACUGAUGACAUCGUCCAGAGGAUCAUUGAAAACAGGCUGCAGUUUGAAGCCAGGAACCAGAAGAAGGAGGCCAAGGAGAUGGCGGUGAUCGAGGCGAUGAAGAAGAGAGAGCAGCAGGAGCAGAGUGAAGCUGCUGCCCAGACUUCUCACUAGUGAGACCUCAGACCUGGGCCUAACUGGUUCUGUGUCUGAUUCCCUCCCAGUACACACAGCUUUAAAAGGGUGGACUCCGCUUACCCAGACAGAUGGGCCAUGUUGUCCUAAACUAAGCCUGGCUUUGGGUGAAAUGCCCUCCCCAGGGGGUCAGUUGGACUCUAGUAGUCCACUGGAAUCCUGCUUUUAACAUUUGGUGACAUGGAGUCACCACUGCUGGGUUAGCUUCUCUCAGUUCUCUUGUAUAUGAACUGCUCCAGCCUAAAUGGGAUUAGAUUAGAUCUGCCUCAACAAGAACACAAAGAAUCCAAACAUCUAGGACACAUCGUUUUUUUUUGUUUUUUUUUAACCCUUUACACCUCUCAUCCACAGAGAACUUUGUUGUUUUUAUCUUCUUUCAUGUAUUAUUUGUAUCCAUGAAUUCACACACUACAUGUCCCUGUAUGGGUGUUAAAGGUAGUAUGUAAAAUUUUUAAUUAUCCAUAACUUAUUGACAAAAUGUUAACGGCACUGUCAGUUAUGUUUUUAGAUUUUAAACCAAAUUAGUUUUUAAUGAUCAGUCUUAAAGGUCUCAUCAGUAAGGUUGAAUAUUUUUAAUACACUUAGUAAGUGUAGAUUUAUUUUAAUUUCUGUGGUUUUGUUCAUCUUAAAAAAAAAACAUUUCUGUGUUAAAUGAUCUGUGAAGUAGUCUUCUAAUUUUAACUGUGGAUUUUAACUACCUGAAUUUGCACCGAGCAUGUGUGUAUGUGAGAGA